UCCACCAAACAACUGUGUAGAGAAGAGAGCGGGGUGGGAGGAAAUGAGCAGACCCGCACGGACGGUACAGCAGUAACGGGAGUCUGCGUUUUAAAUGCUGCAAAGUCCCAUCAGAACAAGACAAAAAUGAGACUUAGGUCUCGAAAAACCACCUCUGCUGCUGCGGGGACACCGAGGAACCUCCGGCCUCGCUGCAACAAGAACACACCGAGACGGACGCGCCUGUCGGGCUCCGAGACUGAGAGCCCGCAGCAACCGAAGGAUGAAGUGACCUUGGAUAACCAUUCGGAUGAUGAAGUUCCCAUCAUGAUGAGGCGGCAGCUGCCUCGUGGGCGAGCAAGAAAGAGGGCAAUUGCUGUUGAUGACCGUGAGUCAGAAUCGGCUUUCAAGACUCCACUAAGGCCUAUAAUGCGCCAAGAACAGAUGCUGUCGGAGAUUGACGUAUCAACUCCUCUUAACGCAACGGCCAGAAACAUCUAUUCGCCCAUAGUCCGUUUCCUUACACCCAGCAAAGAGAAUAUGAAGUGUCCAGGAACUGGCAGCAGUGUUUUGCUGAGCCCAGAACAAGGUGUAUUUGGUUAUGGUUCUAUUGACCUGCUGGCUGGAGAUGAGGACGAGGAUGUCUUUGAUCCACUUGCCUUCAUCAAGAACAUACCGUCACAAUCUCAGCAUUCCCGUCCCCGUCUCAGAGACAUUCCACCCAAGACCAGGAGCACUCCAGAGGCCACGCUGGUGGUGGACCUGGAGGAGACCUUGAUGUUCAGUUCUUUGAAUGUGAUUGAAGAAGCAGAUUACACCUUUCACGCAGCUUUCCAAGAUCAUCAGUAUAAGGUGUACAUGAUCCUACGACCACAUGUAAAGGAGUUUCUGCAGGCCAUGGCAAAAAUAUAUGAGCUGUUUGUUUAUACAUGUGCAAAGAAAGAAUACGCUGAGAAGAUACUGGAGAUCAUGGACCCCCAGAGAAAGCUGUUUCGACAUCGUCUGUACCAGGAUGACUGUGCCUGUGUUUUGGGACACUACAUCAAAGAUCUCAGCAUUCUCGGGAGAGAUCCCAAAAAGACGGUGGUUCUGGACAACGCGCCUCACACAUAUCCGUACCAUCUAAUGAACACGAUACCCAUCAAGAGCUGGUCUGGAGCGGCUGAGGACAGAGAGCUGCACAAGUUGAUCCCCUACAUGGAGAAACUGGCUAAUGCUGAGGAUUUUCAGGAGGUGCUGAAAAAGAGGAAGGAUCACUUUCACAGGCUGCUGUCAGAGGACUGACAGGACCACCCCCACCCAACCCUCUUUCUGACUACUUCACGUGACUUUCACAGCUUAUGUUUGCUUUUGUUUUGUUUUGGUUAAAAAGUCCAAUCAGACUGAAAUGGUGACCCUGCAUACAGUUGGUUUGUGGUCUGCUCGCCCUCCUCUGUUCUCCCCGUUCAUUUAAAGGAUGACUGGUUUUCAGACGUGCUGCUGAUCAAACGUCAUUUAGACCCAUAUUUUCUCCAGGACUCAUUCCACAGUCCGUAACUGCUAACCUGUGUAUAUAUUAAACAAGACACAAAUUCUUGUUCAUUCUUGUUUAUAGUUAUACGUUUUUAUUUAUUGAUUGUAUUGUUAAUAAACAGCUGAUAUCUGUACAUUUUAGAAAUUUCUUUUUCUAUAUGCAGUAAAUUGAUCCUAAUAAAAAUGGAAAAUACA